GGAUGGUUGUUUUUUUGUUUUUUGAGUUCGAGCUCACUGCUCAAACCACUUCAACAUUUAACUGACACACACACACACACACAGGUAAACAUUCUUACAUAAUAGCUAUAAAUAAUAAUGUUACAUGAUGGUAUGAUAACGCAUCGAUGAAAUAUUUUUUUAAUUUAAAAUAAAAUACAAAAACAGAUAGAAUUGUGGGGAAGUGAUAUGCAUUGUCAACAUAAAUAUGUUAUAAUCAACUUAAACGCCGGUAUAAUAUUACAGCGACGUCUUCGGGCACUUUUCGGUAUACGACUACAUUUCCCAGCAGUCAUUGCACCUAAUCCAUUGCGUGCCACACGCGCCGCCAUUGUUGCAUCCAUUGAAAAUUCGACAUGGCCUCCGACGCGCCACCGGGAGCUGAAGCUCACCAGUCCGAUUUGGGGAGUGCUAUCGCGGCUUUGAAUUCCUGGAGCCACCCGCACCUCCAAGCCAAGCUGGCCGAACUGGGCGCACCCGUCAUUGGUCCAAGAGAAGAGUUGAUUGACAGACUGAAAACGUACAUGAUCCAGACGGGCAUCCUGUUGGUAAAACCUCAUGAUGACAAUGGCGUGGGGCCUCAGAUGCCUCCCGGGAUGGGGGGAAUGCUCCACGGGCCGAUGAACAUGAUGCCCGCCGGCAUGCACAUGCCCAUGGAGGGCCCUGGCCUGCCGCCCCCGGGCCUGUCGCAGGACGACCAGCUGAAGAUGGCGCAGCAGAGGGCGGCGAUGUUGAUGCAGCAGGAGGAGCAUGAUUCCCGGGUCAUGGAGGACCAGGACCUCCUGGAGCAACAAAACAGGGCCGCCAUGCUGUUGGAGCAGGAGCGGCACCAGGACAUGGUCAAGAUGCAGCAGGGUCCGCCGGGUAGGGCGAUGGCCCCCGUCACCGCAGUCCAACUGGCUUUGGAUCCUCACGGGGGGCUGCCUCCCGGCAUCGCCAUGCUGGCCGCCCAGAGACAUAGAUUGCCGCCGCCCCCGGGGGAGGACAAUAGGGAGGCCUGGCAGAGCGACGAGAUCAGUAUCGGGGGCCCGAAGAUCCCUCAGGCCCUGGAGAAGAUCCUGCAGCUGAAGGAGAUCCGACAGGAGCAGCACGUGGACCCCGCAGAAGCAGCAGAAGACGACGCGCAUAUGGGCGCCAGCAACUCUGCGCUCGGAGCGCUGGAGGCGGGAGACGACGACGGCCGCAUGUCCAAGAAGGACAAGAACCGCCGGCGCAGGAACCGCAAGAAGAAGAGCAAGAGCAAGCGCGCUCAGGAGAAGAAGAAGGAGAAGGGCAACGAAAAGGAGGACGGCAGCGAGAAGGACGAGGACCCCGAAGUGGAGAUCGAGUAUGUCGCAGAGGAGCCGGACAUCUAUGACUCCGGCUACAUCGUCUUCAAGCGCAUCUUUGACGCAUUCAAGCUCACUGACGAUCUGAAGAAAGAGAAGGAGAAGGAGCCGGAAAAGGCGGAAAAGCAGGAAAUCGGCUUCCUCAGGAAGAAAGGCUUCGAAUUAGAGAAGAAAGACAGCGACGACAGUGAUGAGGAACUCCGCCCAGAUGUUCCCAAGUUGUCAAAGAAGAAGUUGAGGAGGAUGAAUCGUCUCACUGUGGCCGAGCUCAAGCAGCUGGUAGCCCGCCCGGACGUGGUGGAGAUGCACGACGUGACGGCGCAGGAGCCCAAACUGCUGGUGCACCUCAAGGCUACCCGGAACACGGUCCCGGUUCCUCGCCACUGGUGCUUCAAGCGCAAGUACCUUCAGGGCAAGAGGGGCAUUGAGAAGCCACCCUUCCAGCUCCCGGAAUUCAUCAGGAGGACUGGCAUCCAGGAGAUGAGGGAGGCCCUGCAGGAGAAGGAGGACGCCAAAACCAUGAAAACCAAAAUGAGGGAGAAAGUUCGUCCCAAGAUGGGAAAGAUCGAUAUCGACUACCAGAAACUUCACGACGCCUUCUUCAAGUGGCAGAUCAAACCCAAGCUGACCAUCCACGGCGACCUUUACUAUGAGGGUAAAGAGUUCGAGACCCGCCUGAAGGAGAAGAAGCCGGGCGACCUUUCCGAGGAGCUGCGCAUCGCGCUGGGAAUGCCGGUCGGCCCUAACUCGCACAAGGUUCCUCCCCCCUGGCUGAUCGCCAUGCAGAGGUAUGGCCCCCCUCCGUCCUACCCCAACCUCAAAAUCCCCGGACUCAACUCGCCCAUCCCAGAGAACUGCACCUUUGGUUACCACGCCGGCGGCUGGGGGAAGCCCCCCGUGGACGAGAUGGGCAAACCGCUUUACGGCGACGUGUUUGGGACCAACUCGGCGGACUUCCAGGCCAAAGCGGAGGAGGAAGAAGUGGACCGCACCCCGUGGGGCGAGCUCGAGCCGUCUGAUGAGGAGUCGUCCGAGGAAGAGGAGGAGGAGGAGGAGAGCGAUGAGGAGAAACCGGACGAGACUGGAUUCUUCACACCAGCGGACAGCGGGCUGAUCACACCCGGAGGCUUCUCGUCCGUCCCCGCCGGCAUGGAGACGCCUGAACUCAUCGAGCUGAGGAAGAAGAAGAUCGAGGAGGCAAUGGACGGCAACGAGACGCCUCAGUUGUUUACCGUCCUUCCCGAGAGACGAACGGGCCCGGUGGGCGCCGCCAUGAUGGCUUCCACGCACAUCUACGACAUGUCAGCGGCCAUGGCGGGGCGCAAGGCCGGCAUCGGCGAUACGCACGGCGUGGAGGUGGCGCUGGGACCCGACGAGUUGGAGCUCGACCCGAUGGCCAUGACUCAGAAGUACGAGGAACAUGUGCGUGAGCAGCAGGCGCAGGUGGAGAAGGAGGACUUUAGCGACAUGGUGGCCGAGCACGCCGCCAAACAGAAGCAAAAGAAGAGGAAGGCUCAACCGCAGGACACGCGAGGCGGUGCCAAGAAGUACAAAGAGUUCAAAUUCUAAACAAAAAGACAUUUUAUUUCCUAAGUUUUUUUCCUAUGUUGUGAGAACCCUGUUGUGUUUCCUGAUUUUUGUAAAUAAAUACCAUCCAAACAA